UAGGGGAAAAAAACAUUUUGCUGUGAUCUCAGUAGAAUUACAUAACAUGAUGAGGAAACAGCUUACUGAGUUGGGCUGUAAACCCAGAUGGCCUCUAAUCUUGUCAAGAUGAACUUAUUAUGCUUAGUAGCAUAGGUCAGGAUAGAGUGCCAGUUGAAAUGUUGGGGCUCACACAUCUACAAAGCUGAAGAGUAUCUGUAACUGAAGUUAUUGCAAAACAUAAGUGUUUUCUAAAAUAAGCUAAACUCUGAUAACUGUUUGUUUGAGUGCUUGUCAGAUUAACAUGGAGUUGUCAGGAAAGCUUCCCUGUGAACUUUUCAUGGAAUGCUUGUGCUUCUGCAUGAAAACAAAGAUAAUGUGAAAGGGCAUUGUGUUAUUUUCUAAAUAAAUCUGACAGUUCACCUGAGUGGAAGUUGCACAGGAGGUAUGGUUUUACAGUUGAUCUCUCUGGAUUUUGCACCUCCUGAUGACAUGGCUUUUAUUUGCCUUCCUUGAGCUUACAGGUAUUUCUUAUUUAGUCAUAGGUUUAGCCAGAUCAGGGAGCUUAUCCAGUUGAGAACUCACCUGUGUGGGUUUUUUGGUUGGUUUGUUUGUUUGAGGGUGGGUUUUCUUGUGUUGUGUGUGUGGGUUUUGGUUUUGUUUAAUUUUGUUUUUUUGCCUAGCUAGUUCACAUAGAUGGUACCUUCUGAUUCCAUGGCCUACUGGACACUUCUCUUGAGACAAAGAAGGGAGUAUGAACAAAUGUGCAAGAACUGUAGGGCACAGAUCUGCCAGUUCACAAAGUCGCAGGCACUGAAUUAUACCUGUGUUAUGAUUGUGAGAUGCAAAAGCGGAAUUACUUGUAACAGUGUUAAUGUGACUUAGGUUGGUAUGCUGCUGAGUAGAGAUGUGGUUAUGGUAUAAUGAGCAUAAUCAAUAAAUCCCAUUUCCUUCAUGAUAUAAUAACAAGGCUGUGUUUGCACAAAAGUACUGCUUUGUGCAAAUGAACCUACUGAGGAGGCUGUAAUUGACUACUAUAAGUGUAAUAGUACAGCUUUUAAACUUCGGUAUUUUUUUUUUCUGGAACUGAUUAGAAAAAGAAACCUUCUUAGAUACUUCUUAAUCUUGAGUUUUAGGUGAUUUCUUCACCUGCACUGUGUGAAGUAUUGGUGAGAAAAUUAAUAGUAGGUAGGUUGCAGUAAAAUAUUUAGAAAUAAUUUGUCCUUUUAGUGUUUUUUUUGUUUCUGUUGAAGAUAAAGUUAGGAUCGUGUCUUAACACAGCAGUUAAAACUAGCUGGAAAAAGUAAUUAUCUGCAAAACUGUUUUUCUUCUACAUCUGCAAUGGAACUUCAUCGCAGUUAUAAAGAAAAAGUUGGUAGCUUUGUGCAGUGGAACUGUGCCAGUAGCACUUAAGCUAAACAAUUUUUAUUGCUGCCCAAAAGUAUGUACAGUUAUGUGUUCUUCAGCUUUUUUAACAGGCUAAUCUAAUUUUACUGCUAUAAAGGAGUACUUUGUUUCUAUCUUUCAGCUUUAACAACUUUUAUAUCACUAGAGUCAAAACUACAAGUGAAGAUAAAAACUUUUAACAUGUAGAUGACUUUAUACUGCACGGAAUGAUCCGAUUAGAGAGCAGCAGGGCUCUAGGAAACAAAUUAUUUUGGUUUUGCUAGAAACUAUAAUCUAUUUUUUUUAGAUUCUUUUUAUUGAUUGCUUGUCAUGGCAACAGGAGGUGGUCCCUUUGAAGAAGGCAUGAAUGAUCAAGACUUGCCUAGCUGGAGCAAUGACAGCUUUGAUGACCGGCUGAACAACACGGACUGGGGAAGUCAACAGAAGAAAGCAAACAGAUCUUCAGAAAAAAACAAGAAAAAGCUUGGUGGGGAAGCUGAAACAAGGCUUACUAAUGAUAUAUCUCCAGAAUCCUCACCUGGAAUAGGACGACGAAAGACCAGAACUCCUCAUAGUUUUCCUCAUGCUCGAUACAUGACCCAGAUGUCUGUUCCGGAGCAGGCUGAGCUAGAAAGGCUUAAACAAAGAAUAAACUUCAGUGAUCUGGAUCAGAGAAGCAUUGGAAGUGAUUCUCAAGGCAGGGCAACAGCUGCUAACAACAAACGUCAACUUAAUGAAAACAAAAAACCAUUCAACUUCCUGUCACUGCAGAUAAACACUAACAAGAGCAAAGAUCCUGCCUCAUGUUCCCAAAAAAAGGAAAGUGGGGUGUCAGUCCAACGUAAAGAGUUGUUUGGUGCUGCUCUGAGCAAGGAUUUCUUGCAAAAUUGUCAAGUCUCUGCUCAAGAAGAUGGAGGGGGAGAACCAGCUAUGGAUAGUAGCCAGAUUGUGAGCAGACUAGUUCAAAUUCGCGACUAUAUUGCUAAGGCCAGCUCCAUGCGGGAUGAUCUUGUAGAGAAAAAUGAAAGAUCGGCCAAUGUUGAGCGUUUAUCACACCUUAUAGAUCACCUUAAAGAGCAGGAGAAAUCCUAUCUGAAAUUUUUGCAAAAGAUGCUUGCUAGACAAAAUGAGGAGGAUGAUGUUCGGACUAUAGAUUCAGCUGUGGGAUCUGGUUCUGUAGGUGAGAGCACAUCGCUAAACAUUGAUGUGCAGUCUGAGGCUUCAGAUACCACGGAGGUAUCUUUUAGUUUGAGCAUUCGGCCCUGCAUUGAGGACAAACUAGGGAAUUCAGCUUCACAAGAACAGGUUACAGACUUUGAUGUUACUGCAAGCCCUAAAGGGAAAAAUGACAGAGCUGCCCUGAAUGACAGGGAAAUCUGGCCUUGUAGGAUUAAUAGCCGAGAACAUGGAUUGCCUUCAAAGGCUAGAGAUCCUCAACAGGAGGCUAAAGAGGAGUUGGAGAACUUGAAGAAGCAGCAUGAUUUAUUGAAAAGGAUGCUAAAACAGCAAGAGCAAUUAAAGGCUCUUCAAGGAAGACAGGCAGCUCUUCUUGCUUUGCAGCAUAAAGCAGAGCAAGCAAUUGCUGUCAUGGAUGAUUCUGUUGUAACAGAGACUACAGGUAGUGUUUCAGGAGUAAGCCUUACAUCAGAACUGAAUGAAGAAUUGAAUGACUUAAUUCAGCGCUUUCACAACCAACUUCAUGAUUCUCAGACACAGUCUGUACCAGACAAUAGAAGGCAAGCAGAAAGUCUUUCACUUACUAGAGAGGUUUCACAAAGCAGAAACUCUUCAAUGUCUGAACGCCUGUCAGAUGAGAAGGCGCAGCUUUUUAACAAGAUGCGAAUGUUGCAGGGUAAAAAGCAAAAAAUGGACAAACUGUUAGGAGAACUUCAUACACUUCGUGACCAACAUCUAAAUAACUCCUCCUUUUUUCCUGCUUCAGGUUCUCCUCAAAGAAGUAUUGAUCAAAGAAGUACAACUUCAGCUGCUUCUGGUCCUGCAGGCAUAGUAACUGUUGUCAAUGGCGAAUCAAAUAGCCUGGCAUCUGCUCCCUAUCCUCCUGAUUCCCUGGUUUCUCAGAAUGAGAGUGAAGAAGAUGACAAUCUAAAUCCAACAGAAAAGCUUCAGAAACUAAAUGAAGUUCGUAAGAGGCUGAAUGAGUUACGUGAGCUAGUUCACUACUAUGAGCAAACAUCUGAUAUGAUGACAGAUUCUGUGAAUGAAAACACUAAGGAAGAAGAAGAAACCGAAGAAUCAGAAAGUGAUUCUGAACGUGAGGAUCCACAGCCUGUUACAAAUAUUAGAAAUCCUCAAGGAAUCAGUAGUUGGAGUGACAUAAAUAGCAACUCAAAUGUACAGUGUGGAACUAAUAACAGAGAUGGAAGACAUCUUAAUACAGACUGUGAAAUAAAUAACAGAUCUGCUGCUAACAUAAGGACUCUAAAAAUGUCGUCACCUUUAGACUGUCAUAAUAGGGAGGAUGACAAAGAUAUUGGCCUACCCCAAUGUGAAGAUGAAGAAGUGGAAGAAGAUAGAGUUAGUGAAGAUUCUGCAUCUAGUCACAGAAGCAGCCUGGGUGAUACUGCUGGAGAUGCUGAGUUUGAGCAGAAGAUCAAUAGGCUUAUAGCUGCAAAACAGAAACUUAGACAAUUACAAAACCUUGCUGCUAUGGUGCAGGAUGAUGAUCCAGCACCUCAGACAACAAUUGCAAAUGCAUCUAAUAUUGGUGACUUGUUUUUGGGUGAGAUGGAAGAGACAAAGCAGCAGCCAAACAAUGUCCGAGCUAGUACCAACAAAUUACAAAAAGAUGUAGAACUGAAUGAAAAAGCAAGAGAGAAGUUUUAUGAAGCUAAACUCCAGCAGCAGCAACAGGAGCUUAAGCAGUUACAAGAAGAAAGAAGAAAACUGAUUGAAAUUCAAGAAAAAAUUCAGGUGUUACAGAAAGCUUGUCCUGAUCUUCAAUUGUCAGCUGGCUUGGGUGACUGCACAGCAAAUAGACAGACUUCACCAGCAACAUCAACUCCAGCCAUGAAUGACACAGCUGGCAAGCCUUCACUUGAAUUUGAUGAAUCUGUACCAGUAGGCAAUGAGUUAUGGUCUGAGAUGAGAAGACAUGAGAUUUUAAGAGAAGAAUUGCGACAAAGAAGAAAGCAACUGGAAGCUCUAAUGGCUGAGCAUCAGAGGAGGAAAGAGCUCGCAGAAACAAUAUCUACUGUUGCUGCGUCUGUUAAAAGUGAAGGAUCAGAAGCUCGGCGUACUCCACAGCAGAGUAGGACUGAAAAUAGGACAAUGGCUACCUGGGGAGGUUCUACGCAGUGUGCACUAGAUGAAGAGGAUGGAGAUGAAGAUGGUUAUCUCUCUGAUGGAGCUGGUCAGGCAGAAGAAGAUGAUGAUGAUGCGUCAAGUGCGAAUGACAGCUUCUCUGUUUAUCCCAAUAACAACGUACCAGAAAAUGCAUAUUUUGUUAAAGAAAACAAGGAUAGGUGGAAAAAUUACCGUCCUCUUUCAGCAGAUGGAAAUUAUCGUCCAUUGUCUAAGGCCAGACAACAGCAAAACAUAAGUAUGCGACGUCAGGAAAACCUUCGGUGGAUGUCUGAACUUUCAUAUGUGGAAGAAAAGGAACGAUGGCAAGAGCAGAUCAAUCAGUUGAAGAAACAGCAUGAAUUUAGUGUCAGCAUUUGUCAAACUUUAAUGCAGGAUCAGCAGACCCUCUCUUGUCUUCUACAGACUUUGCUUACAGGCCCUUACAGUAUGAUGCCCAAUAAUGUUGCAUCUUCACAAGUACAUCUUAUUAUGCAUCAGCUAAACCAGUGUUACACUCAACUGACAUGGCAGCAGAAUAACGUCCAGAGGUUGAAACAAAUGUUAAAUGAUCUUGUGCGUCAGCAAGAAGAACAACGGUAUGAAGAGAAGUCAUCAAGAAAGGAUAGAGGCAGUGGUGUACCCCCACCUCCAUCUCCUGUUUUCUGUCCGUUCAGCUUUCCUCCACAACCUUUGAACCUGUUUAAUGUACCAGGAUUUACUAAUUUUUCUUCCUUUGCUCCAGAUAUUAACUAUAAUCCAGUGUUUCCUUCUGGUUUUGGAGAUUUUGCACACAAUAUUUCUCCACACAGCAGUGAGCAGCAGCAGCAACAUCCUCUAGAUCAUAAUGCAUCUGGGAAAACUGAGUAUAUGGCGUUCCCCAAACCUUUUGAAAGCAGUUCCUCUAAUGGAGCGGAAAAACAAAGGAGGAGUCACAGACAACCUGAAGAGGAAAUGGAAAAAAGAUCAGCUUGGCUUAAUGAUAGCCAGGACGUGAAAAAAGAUGAUCAGUCUCAGCUGAAAGCAAGUUUUGCUGUUUCAGUACAAAACAUUGCUUCCAAUCAUAAAAAUCAGUCUGAUAUGAGCAGAAGAAGAGAGUUUGAUGAAGAGUCUUUGGAGAGUUUUAGUAGCAUGCCUGAUCCAGUAGACCCCACUACUGUGACAAAGACAUUUAAAUCUAGAAAAGCAUCAGCACAAGCAAGUUUGGCAUCAAAAGAUAAAACACCUAAAUCGAAGAAUAAGAGGAAGAGUUCUUCUCAGCUAAAAGGCAGAAUUACAAAUAUUGAUUAUGAAAGUGCCAGUGCUUCUAGUGUGUGUGAACCCUGCAAGAGCAAUAAAAGCAGACACUCUGAAGAGGUUGGUCAUGCAAAGGUGUUCAGCAAAAGGAAUCGGGAACAACUGGAAAAAAUCAUUAAAUACAGUAGAUCUACAGAAAUGUCUUCAGCGCAUGCUAGGAGAAUUCUGCAGCAGUCUAACAGAAAUGCAUGCAUUGAAGCGCCAGAAACUGGUAGUGAUCUUUCUAUGUUUGAAGCUUUACGAGACACAAUUUAUUCUGAAGUGGCAACUCUUAUUUCUCAAAAUGAGUCUCGUCCCCACUUUCUUAUUGAACUUUUCCAUGAGCUUCAGCUGCUAAAUACAGAUUACCUGAGGCAAAGAGCUCUAUACGCUCUACAGGAUAUAGUGACCAGACAUUUAUCUGAGAACAAUGAAAAAGGGAAGUGCACAAAAUCACUGAAUUCUGCAGCAUGGAUAGCAUCAAAUUCUGAACUCACUCCCAGUGAAAGCCUUGCUUCUACAGAUGAUGAAACUUUUGGCAAAAACUUUUCUACAGAAGCAUGUCAAGAUUGUGAACAAAAUGAUGCAGACAAUGGGAGUAGCAUGUCUACAUCUUCAAAUUUUGAACCCUUUGCCACUGAUGACCUUGGCAACACAGUGAUUCACUUAGAUCAAGCUUUGGCUAGGAUGAGGGAGUAUGAGCGUAUGAAAAUUGAAGCUGAAAGUACCCUUGACUCUGAGGGCUGCUCUAGUAAUUUUCAGGGUGCUUCUGCUGCUAAAUUAGAAGGAGGUCAAAGUGCCAGUGAAUGUGUUCCUGUGCCACAGUCAAGUGAAGCUUCUGCUGUUCCAUGUCCUCAUAUAGACACUCAGCAGCUUGACCGGCAGAUUAAAGCAAUUAUGAAAGAGGUCAUUCCUUUUCUGAAGGAACACAUGGAUGAAGUAUGCUCUUCGCAGUUACUGACAUCAGUAAGACGUAUGGUCUUGACCCUUACACAACAAAAUGAUGAAAGUAAAGAGUUUGUGAAGUUCUUUCAUAAGCAGCUUGGCAGUAUACUUCAGGAUUCACUGGCAAAAUUUGCUGGUAGAAAACUGAAAGAUUGUGGAGAGGAUCUUCUAGUGGAGAUCUCUGAAGUGUUAUUUAAUGAAUUAGCCUUUUUUAAACUCAUGCAAGACUUGGACAACAACAGUAUUUCUGUAAAGCAGAGAUGUAAAAGAAAAAUAGAAGCUACUGAAGUGAUACAGUCGUAUGCUAAAGAGGCAAAAAAAGGUCUCCAGGUGGAUGUUUGUUCAUCUGCUGAAGAUGUCGAUGAGGACAAAGACAAGGAUGAGACUGAAACUGUUAAACAAGUACAGGACUCAGAAAUGUAUGAUGGGAAUAGAGUUCCUGAAAGUAUUAGGUCUGAUGCAUCUGAUCAGGAGGAAGAUGAUGAAAGUGAAAGCGGUCCAGUGGCAAUAAGUUUAUCAAAAGCAGAAACCCAAGCUCUGACUAACUAUGGUAGUGGAGAAGAUGAGAAUGAAGAUGAAGAAAUAGAAUUUGAGGAAGGACCUGUUGAUGUGCAGACGUCAUUACAAGCCAGCAGUGAAACAACAACUGAAAAUGAACAGAAUUCAAACCAAGAACAAAGUAAGACAAAAAGCAGUGAGAUUCUGUCAUCAGAACAAGAAUCUGUUUAUGCUAAAGGUGAACAACAUGUGGCUACAAUUUUGCCUUAUUACCUCAAUGUAAUGGAGAAUGCACCGCCUUUAACGGUCAAUACCCCAGAAUCUUUUAUAACAGACAGUAUGAAAACAGAAGAAUCAAGUUCAUCUUUACCAGUAAAUGAAACUCAAACACUGGAUACAACGUGUGUAGGAAACAAAUCUGCUGCAAGUUCUGAAAGCUCCAUGGCUGGCAGCCCUGAUACAGAGUCACCUGUGUUAGUGAAUGAAUAUGAAGCUGGUUCUGGAAAUGUAAGUCAAAGAUCUGAUGAAGAUGACUUUGUGAAAGUUGAAGACUUGCCCCUUAAACUUGCAGUGUAUUCAGAGGCAGAUUUAAUGAAGAAAAUGGCAAUGGAGGCCCAAACGAACAGUUUGUCUGAUGAAUUACUGGGUGGAGGUGGAGCUCAAGAUCAAGAAUUAGUAGGAGAUGCCCAAACUUUGAAAGAACCUGAAACUUUUGGAGUUCAAAGUGCGUGAGAAUAACCUGAAGAUAACUGCAUUUAUAAACUCUGUGUAUACAAAUGGAUAUGGAAGAUCAGCACUAAUUUCCCAGAAUUCUGGAAGUGUAUAAAAAUGUAAAGUUUUUGGCACACUGCCUCUUAGGAUAGGUAUGCUAAAUUCUGCCUGUGGCAGUUCGAACAGCUGGAACGGAAUCCUCUUCAGUUUUGCUGCACUGUUCUCUUUCUGUCUUAAUCUUUUUUAUUUUUUAUUGUGAGUUGUUUAGUAAUUUUAAAAUUGUAGUUUUAAAUAAAGUUUGGACUUGUCUGUAAAUUUGUCUUCUGAAAAAUUUUCCUCUGGCAGAGUUUGUUGUUGAAAGGUAACUGGCUUUAAGCAUUGGCAUAGCUUGUAGCAGUUCGUUAUUCCUCUUCAGAGAAACACUGCUAACUUUCCUGGGCCAAGAGACUCUUGGCCCAUUAAGUUUCUCCAUCUUAUAAAGUUUUGGGUGGUCUAGACACAGUACAUACCUACAUGUUGCCUUUAUAGCUUAUGUAUAGCUGGUCUGUUAAGAAAAAAUAGUUUGUGUUCAUGCCUUUGGAAUUCAUUUCUAUCAGCACAUUUAUCUGAGGUGAAGUAAAUACUCUGGUUUUGUAGCUAACUGCAGAAACCAUCUUUGUUUUUCUGCAUUUUGUGGUUUGCACUUUUACUGUGCAAAUCAAAAAGUGUUUAAAAAUUGUAGUAUCCUUUCUUAUGUAACAAUUGAAAGCCUGUAGAAUCUGUUCUUAAAGUAUUUGACUUUGUGAAGAGUUUUCAUGUAGAAAGGAAGAAAUUUAGGAAAUUAAAGUUAAUGUUUAAAAAACCCAGUUAAUAUCAGGCUAAUGAAGGCUCCUGGCAGAGGUGGAAUUAAGAUUGUAGAAAAGUGGGUUAGAGAACUUGAACCAGAACAAAAAUUUAACUUUUUGAGAUCAGAGUUGUUAAUAAAAGUAAGUCAUAAAAUUGAGCUAGAAAUAGCUGAUUCAGCAUACCUGCUGUAUUAUAGAGGUGACAUUCAGGAUUGUUUUCCUUUGAUGUUAGCAAUAACCAUAUUAUUAUUACCCUAUGGAAGACAGUGUAGUGACAGUGAAGUCUAAAUAUGCCUGAAGUUUGAAUAAAAAGAGAGUGUGAUUUUA